AAACGCGAAGCAUAAAAACAGGGCUAUUAACAGAAAAUCCAUUGCAACUGUGUCUUUCGUUUCUUCUCUUUCUCUCUCUACACACUCUUUCUCUCUCAUGGGGUUUUGCCGUCACAGAUCUUCCUUCCAAAUCAUACACUUCAUCGAAUAAUUUAAUCGGAUUAAACUGGCCCUACGCCGUCGCUUCCAUGGCUCCACCGCAUAAUCAACCAACUCAGUUACGCUUAUCGUUGCCGUUGUCGUUUUCCGCCGAGCCUCGUCGUCGCCGCUGCUCCAAAGCACAAAUGUGCUUCUUCAAGAUUCUUAACAUAAUUUCCGUUUUCCCAACCGUCGAUGUAACGGAUAACAACUGUUCAAGCCAUCGUGAGGAGAUUUGUGAAAAUAAAGGGUUUGCUGUUGACCGUCCUCCGACCAAGAUUGAGCCUUUUGAGGCUCCAGCGACGGUAGACAAUGAAAAUUGCGUGUUCGAGAAGAAUGAUCGGAGCAAAAGCGAAUCCUUUGUUGCGGAGGAAUCAGAGUUGGCGGUUGAGGAGGAGAGAGCGACGGAGCACUCGGAGAUCUCGCAUGUAGGAGAUCAGAGCUCGGGAAUCGAUUACAAUGGAGCCUCGGAAGUAGUAGUAGCAGUAGUAAAAGAAGAAGAACAUAGAGAUGAAGGAUAUUUAGGUCUGUUAAUCGAAGCGGCGCAAUUGAUUCUCGGCGACGAGAAAAAACCGGCGGCAAGAAGCAAACAAGUGGAGGCAUCGACGGCGGCAAGAGGAGGAGCGAAAAGGAAGCAGCAAUGUUGGACGGCGGCGACAGAAGCGGAAUGGUACGCGGAGUUCGAGGACACAUCGCCGGUUGUGAAAUCAAAGCGAGGGAGGAAUCAGGUGUUGCCGUAUAAGUACAGAGAUUCGGUGGUGGAGCCGUUGGUACGGUGGACGUCGUCGUCGACUCAUAGAUCAAUCUCAAAAGCAGCAGUCCCUUCGAAACGAAGGUCAAAAUAGGAAAUAUCCACACAACAGAUGUAAGCAAGUCAAAAAGUAGGGAGUGAAGUGUAUUUUGGCAAUGCUUAUGAAAAUUAAUAAAAAAAUCUAGCUUUGAAAUUUUGGUAA